AUGGCGAAAGAAGGCCAUUGCUAUGUCGACGACCAAGAUGAAGAGGAAGAGACCCGCCGGAAGAGUUCGAGUUCCAAAUGUUCCAGAGACCCCAGGCCGACCACAGCCACCUCCCCCGCCGACGAGAUAUUCUACAAGGGCAAGCUCCUCCCCCUCCACCUCCCCCCUCGCCUGCAGAUGGUCGAGACCCUCCUCCUCCAAAAGAAGCCCGACAACCAGGCGGCGACGGCCGCCAGCGGCACCACCCCCUUCCCGUCCUGCAACGUCUCCCCCGCGACGUCCUGCUACGUCAGCGGCGAGCUCAGCGAGGACUUCUUCUUCGAGGAGGAGGAGAGAGGAGGAGGGGCCGGCGUCGAAGAGGUCGUGGCUAAGAAGCUGAGGUCCAUCAGCUGCAGUCCUCAUCCCUCGCGCCUCAAGCUCAGGGCGUCCAAGGCCUACAUUCAGUCUCUCUUCUCCAAGUCGUCAUCGGCCGCCAAGCCGAAGGAAUGCUCCUCCAAGAGCGGGCACCUGAGGAAAGAGGAAUCGGGAGAGGGAGGCGGCGGGGGGAGAAUGCGGCGCGCACACAGGAGAUCGUUCUCGGGGGCUGCCACCGUGCUCAAGAGGAGGUCUCGACAAUUCUCCUCCUCCUCCUCCUCCUCCUGCUCGUCGUCCGACUCCUCGUCCUCUUCGAGCCUCAAGAGGAGCAGCAGCGUGAGCUCGGACAAAGAGUGCUCGGUCCAGGGAGCGAUCGCCCACUGUAAGAGGUCCCAGCAGGCGCGGCAGGCCUUUGGGAGGAAGAGCGUGAGCGACGUCGAGUUCUACCUGAAGUCGGGACCAGGCCGAUGCGGAACGCGAGGAGAGAAAUUAAGAGGUGAUGUAAUCUGUGUGAAUUUCUUGCGCUCAGUCUUUUAAUAGUUUCGAACGGGACAGUGACUGUAAAGCCUGUACAUUUGUUCUCCGUCCUUGACGAACUUGGUCUGAUCCAAACUGUGAUGUGAUAAUUUUUUUUUUUUUU